GGCGGGUCCGCCUCUUUCAUUGAUGAAAUUUAAAUUCCUCGGGGUUUUGCCUCCCGCCCGCCGGACCGGGAGGGAUUGCUCGGCUCGAGGGGCCAGCGCGGCGGGCGGGCGGGCUGCUGCUAGCGGGGCCGGGGCCGUCUCUCUCUGCCGCUUCCCCGCAGCCGCCGGCCGGGCUCCGCAGGGGCGCGGGCAGAGGCAGCCUGUCCUGCCCUGCUCAGCCUCGGGGCGCGGGGAAGAACCCCCGGACGGUUCCGUUUACGUUUGUCAGAGCAAAGUGUUUGUUUUAUUAAAGAGCGAAAAUGUCGUCCUUUGCCGCAGAUUUCAGCAAAGCAAUGUCUCAAGCUGGCAGCUCCCAGUUCCAGGAAGUCAUUCGGCAGGAGCUGGAGUACUCGAUGAAAGUAGAGCUCGAUAAGAUCCUGGCCACCGCCGCCGCAAAUGAGCUAGAGCAUACUAAAAAGGACCUGGAAGGAUUUAAGAAGCUGUUUCAUAGAUUCCUACAAGAAAAGGGACCAUCUGUGGACUGGGGGAAGAUCCAGAGACCUCCAGAAGAUUCUAUCCAGCCCUAUGAGAAGAUCAAGGCCAGAGGACUGCCUGAUAACAUUGCUUCUGUCCUGAACAAGCUGGUGGUUGUCAAACUCAAUGGUGGCUUGGGCACAAGCAUGGGCUGCAAGGGCCCCAAAAGCCUCAUCGGGGUGCGGAACGAGAACACCUUCUUGGACCUGACCGUUCAGCAGAUCGAGCACUUGAACAAGUCCUACAACACCGAUGUUCCUCUUGUUCUGAUGAACUCUUUCAACACUGACGACGACACGAAGAAGAUCCUGCAGAAGUACAGCCACAGCCGUGUCAAGAUCUACACUUUCAAUCAGAGCAGGUACCCUCGGAUUAACAAGGAAACUCUGCUGCCCAUAGCCAAGGAUGUUUCUUACUCAGGAGAGAACACAGAGUGCUGGUAUCCCCCAGGCCAUGGAGACAUCUAUGCCAGCUUCUACAACUCUGGUCUGCUGGACAACCUCAUUGCAGAGGGGAAGGAAUACAUUUUUGUAUCCAAUAUAGAUAACUUGGGUGCCACUGUGGACCUUUUCAUCCUUAACCACCUGAUGAACCCACCCAACGGCAAACGCUGUGAAUUCGUCAUGGAAGUCACAAACAAGACCAGGGCAGAUGUGAAGGGUGGGACGCUGACGCAGUACGAGAACAAGCUGAGGCUGGUGGAGAUUGCUCAGGUCCCCAAAGCACACGUGGAUGAGUUCAAGUCUGUGUCCAAGUUCAAGAUCUUCAACACCAACAACCUGUGGAUUGCCCUGUCUGCAAUUAAAAGGCUGCAGGAGAAGAAUGCCAUUGACAUGGAGAUCAUUGUGAACCCCAAGACUCUGGAUGGAGGCCUAAAUGUUAUCCAGCUGGAGACUGCAGUGGGUGCUGCUAUCAAGAGCUUUGAGAACUCCCUGGGGAUCAAUGUGCCCCGCAGUCGUUUCCUGCCCGUCAAGACCACGUCGGAUCUGCUGCUGGUGAUGUCCAACCUGUACAGCCUUAACGCAGGGUCCCUGACCAUGAGCGAGAAGCGCGAGUUCCCCACGGUGCCUCUUGUCAAGCUGGGAAGCUCCUUCACCAAGGUUCAGGAUUACCUGCGGAGGUUUGAAAGCAUCCCAGACAUGCUGGAGCUGGAUCACCUCACGGUGUCCGGGGAUGUCACGUUCGGGAAGAACGUCUCACUAAAGGGAACAGUGAUCAUCAUCGCCAAUCACGGCGACAGGAUCGACAUCCCCCCCGGCGCCGUUCUGGAGAACAAAAUUGUGUCUGGCAACCUCCGGAUCCUGGACCACUGAGUCAGGGCAAGGGGCAGGGCCGGGUCCAUUGGCUGCUGUGCCGAACCAGCCCCACCCC